AUGACAACGCGCACCGACCGGCUCGGGGACUGUGGCAAAAAGGGUGGAGACUUUGCUCCGCCUGAAGGCUUCCAGCUGUCAGCGAGUCUCCAAUUUGCAAGGAAUAUGGCCGCGUCAAAGAUCCAGGCUUGGAUCCGACGCACCCCCUUCCUGCGAGUGCAGGUCUACACUCUCACGGUCACCGGCACGGAUGAUGCCGUUGUCAGGUACAUCAGAGGAAACUACACAUACCGCGACCGCGACUAUGUGUGGGCGAAUGAGUACCGAUCCGCCUUCAUGUACCGCGACAAGACUGGAUGGUGGAGGAUCAGUCCAUCAGCGCAUGAUGAUUCGGCGUACGCCAUGGGGCCACCCGGGCGACUACCACCACUUCGGUGGUUCUGCCCGAUCAAAGCUGCGGAGGUACACGACAACAUCCAGCUCACGCCGAAAGUGGAGCAGGAGGAUGAGUAUGAGUCGAGCUCCUCCGCUGCGAGCAGCGAAUCCGUCCCACCAACCAGCCCUCUUGCUCCAAUCCCUGACCCAAUCCGUGACCGGGUGCUUUUCGCAAAACAGCAGGAGGUGCGAGCGGUGCUGUUCAACCCGUUCCGCCAGGAGGUGUGGCCUGUGUUUGUGGGCAACAUCGCGCGCGACACGACUUUCGAAGAUAUUCGCGAACUCUUCGGUGACAUCGGGGGCUUCGUGUCGUGGAGGCUUUCCAUGCAAACAGAUCGGGCCGAGGGCUGCGCAGGUGCGUCUGGAGACUUCGGCUUCGCGGAGUUCAAGACUCCCGAGGGAGCGCUGGAGGGCAUCAAGAAAGUCGACGGUGUUGAAAUCAAAGGUCGAAAGCUGCGUUUGCGAUGGGCAGAGAAUGCUCCAACCACUCCGGAGGUGGAUGACUUCUAUCGGGGGCCCGAGAGGUACAAGACACGCCUCUGCUACGAGGUAUUGCAGGGCCUACCGUGUCCUCGUCCCGACAACUGUCCCUAUGCGCAUGUUUCGUCAGAGCUCCGACAUCCGCGAGAUGACGAAGAGAAGCCGGAGGCAAAGCCCAUCGAUCCCGAGGACGUGGGAGCGAAGGCCCACGAUCUGGCAGAGAAUCCUUUGGGGGAGGAUCGCUGGGACUCUCUUGAAAAGGAGAACGACGAGACAAGUGGCGUCCUCGGGCUUCACGCAACUACGACCGCAUUCAGAGCCGACAUGCUGUGUGUCGCUUGCGGCUUGCGUGGCGCUGGUCGGGCCAAGCUGGGCGAGACGCAUCCAGUGACUCUGAUAUCCAUGGACGCUCUGGCUUUUCUGCUGCAGGUUCAGCAAUGCUAUGAGGAGGCUGACGGGAGCGACUCCUCCAAGGUUCGUCGCGCCCGCCAGGAUCCGGCAUGA